CAACUACCAGUUCUCGGCAGUACUUUUGUCAUGCUCUGACAGCGUGAGGAAAGUGCAGCCGAGAACCGGCAAUUGCAUUUCCCGGUGAUCAGCGUGUCAUUGGACAUGGCUGAUCACUGCCGAGAAUCAGCAGUUGUCAGAGCAGGGAUCGGCACCGAUCAUCAGGGCACUGAUGAUCAGUGCCCUGAUGAUCGCUGCCUAGCAGUACCACCCACCAGUUCCGCCCCCCUGUGCCCAGCAGUGCACCCACCUAUGCCUAGCAGUGUGUCCACCUGUGCCCAGCAGUGCACCCACCUGUGCCACCCAGCAGUGCCACACACCUGUGCCACUCAGCAGUGCCACACACCUGUGCUCAGAAGUGCC